AUGUUGCGCUUGGCCAACAGCUCUGAAAUAAUUGAGAAUGACGAGCGGGUGAGUUAUUGUGGUGGAGGUGUCACCUGCCAGCUGUCCACGGUGUCGGUGGCGGUGUCGGUGCUGACGCUGACGUUCAUCAGCAUCGACCGCUGGUACGCCAUCUGCUUCCCGCUGCGCUUCAACUCCACCACCAACCGCGCCAAGACGGCCAUCGGCAUCAUCUGGUUUGUGUCGCUCGCCUUCGACAUCCCGGAGCUGGUGGUGCUGAGGGCCCGCGGCCGCGACUGGGACUCAGUGCUGCUGACGCAGUGCGAGAGCACCUGGAGCUACGACUCCGAGAUGGUGUUCCACGGCGCCAAGAGCCUGCUGCUCUACACGCUGCCGCUGCUCUUCAUGUCGGUCGCCUACUACCAGAUCGUGCGCGUCCUCUGGCGCUCCGACACCAUACCAGGGCAGGACAAUCACACAUUCAGAGUGUAUUCAUGUGUGGGCGGUCGCUUCUUCGCAGCGCUCCCGUCGUCCGCGAGCUGCAGCAGCCGGCGCAGCACGGUCAGCAGCAACGCGGCCACCGAGGUGCAGCUGCGGUCGCGCCGCAAGGCGGCCAAGAUGCUGGUCGCCGUCGUCGUCAUGUUCGCGCUCUGCUACCUGCCCGUCCACCUGCUCAACAUCCUCAGGUACACCAUGGACAUCCCGCAGAAUGAUGCGACGAGCAUCAUUUCGAUGCUGUCCCACUGGCUGUGCUAUGCCAAUUCAGCAGUCAACCCCAUCAUCUACAACUUCAUGAGCGGCAAGUUCCGGCUGGAGUUCCGGCGGCUGUUCUGGAAGUGUGCGUACGGCGGCGGCGGCCGCUUCUCGCCGAGCUGGGGCGCCUGCGCCGCCGACCGGCCGCCUCUCCAGCACCCGCACCGCUUCACCUGGGCCACCUCCGCCUCCGCCGGCUCCGUGCAGUACGAGUAG